AGUCAGAGUCAGAGGGGGAGAAAGAGCCGCCGAGGAGGGCAGAAACACAAGAGAGGGGCAAGUCUUUCUACGAUAGCACCGCGGCUUGGGAGCAAACCAACUGAGUCGAGUUGGCUGGCAUGGAGCUGAGCGUUGCCAUUCUGAGCCGUUUCGAGCCGUCCACCUAAGCCGGGGCAUUUCGCGCAAAGCCGGGGGGGGGCAGUUUGCUGUUGGUCCCGGGAGUUUGUGGAGCCCGUAUGAAUCUGUUGCUAGCAGCACUCGAAUGCUAGUUAGCCCCGCUGCUAAGCAGCUAGCAACACUGCGAAUCAAUUGUGUCGGAGAUCUCGGAAAUACGUGUAAAAAAGCGGUUACGCUCAUCCGCCGCUCUCGGGAUUCGUUUUGCCCGUUGAGUUUUUGGGUUUUCCUAAGUGAGGGGACGCUAAUAAGCGAACGCUAGAGUUUCAAUUUCGAUUUAUUGUCAGCUGAGUUUUUUUUUCUCCUCUCUAUUAGCUUGUUAGCCGCUCUGGUUGGUUUAGUCUAGCUUGUUAGUGGUGUCGGAGAUUUCUACUGUAAUAGCUGUCAGCGACAACAGCCCCUUGUUCGCGUAUUUUUGGACAUGAAUGAUUUUAUCGCGAACUGCGAGUUGUUUAGAGAAGCGAUACGUUGAGAUGCCGCGCGUGGGAUACUUAAUGUUUCCAGGGACGCUUUUAUUUUCUUGUUAGAGUGCUUUAUGGGAGUGCUAGUGUGCAGGGUUUUGCUUUAGAUAAUACUAGAAUUAAAACAUCGUUUUUCUUCCCACCCCCCAUGCGAACUGGUUAUCCACCUUUAUCCAUCCACCGCGCGUCGUUUUCAUGUGGUUAAAGCCCACAUUUCAGUCGCACUCUUGUUGUUUUCUUAUUUAGUGGUUCGUUCGGCUCCACGCUUGUGUUCACGCCGUCGGUGGUACAUGGUCGCUGAGACAGAUCGCUGAAACACGCGUUCAUUGGUUUGCGGAGGGGAAACGGCGAGAUUCGCCUCGAAGUAUUAUGGAUGAUCAGACCCGAAUGCUGGCUAGCAUGGGCGGACUCGGCGGACUCUCUCAGGCUGACGUGGGUGACCCCGAUUCGGUUCGGAAGCAGCAAGACAUAGGGGAUAUUCUCCAGCAGAUCAUGGCCAUCACCGACGAGAGUCUCGACGAAGCCCAGGCGAGAUGCUGGCCAGAGGAGGCACCGGCGCAGUGGACCCCACAGAGGGAGGGGGAGCUGGGGGGGAGUACAGCAGGGUGUGCCCUGCCGCUCAACUUCCAGCACAGAAAACACGCACUGAACUGCCACAGGAUGAAGCCGGCUCUCUUCAGUGUUUUAUGCGAGAUCAAAGAAAAAACUGUGCUGAGCAUCAGAGGUGUACAGGAGGAGGACCCUCCAGAUCCCCAGAUCAUGCGUCUGGAUAACAUGCUGCUGGCCGAGGGAGUGUCUGGGCCCGAGAAGGGCGGCGGAUCAGCGGCGGCGGCCGCAGCUGCAGCAGCGGCUGGAGGAUCACCUAAUGACAGCAGCAUCGAGCACUCAGACUAUAGAGCCAAACUCGCACAGAUCCGCCAGAUCUACCACUCCGAACUAGAGAAAUAUGAACAGGCUUGCAGUGAGUUCACCAAUCACGUGAUGAACUUACUGAGGGAACAGUCCCGCACACGGCCUAUCUCGCCCAAAGAGAUCGAGCGCAUGGUGGCCAUCAUCCACCGCAAGUUCAGCUCCAUCCAGAUGCAGCUCAAGCAGAGCACCUGUGAGGCCGUCAUGAUCCUUCGCUCUCGCUUCCUUGAUGCCAGACGUAAGAGACGCAACUUCAAUAAGCAAGCCACAGAGGUGCUGAAUGAGUACUUCUACUCUCACCUCUCCAACCCUUACCCCAGUGAGGAAGCCAAGGAAGAGUUGGCCAAGAAAUGUGGGAUCACUGUCUCUCAGGUCUCGAAUUGGUUUGGCAACAAGAGAAUUCGGUACAAGAAGAACAUUGGUAAGUUCCAAGAGGAAGCAAACCUGUACGCCGUUAAAACAGCCGUGGAUGCUGCCAAUGUGUCGGCACAGGCCAGCCAGGCAAACUCUCCAGCAACACCCAACUCAGGGUCUUCUGGGUCGUACACCCUCUCUCACGCAGGAGACGCCUACCUCGGGCUGCGUUCACUCGACGAGGAUGGCGUCAGCGUCACUCCCGCUGUGCAGCAGCAGCAGCUACAGGUGGAUAUCCUGCACCGUGCUACACACCUGACGGCAGGCUAUGAAGAUUUGUCAGGAAGUCCUCUUUACACCCCACACCAUCUAAACGCUAACAACAGCUGGCAAGACAACACCAACCCUUCCUCCAUCACCUCUCCACCAGGACCACCUGGCAGCAUCCACUCUGACACCUCCAGCUAAUGAGGCUGACGCUACACACACACACACAGAGCAUCUCAUCAUCCAGUCUCGCCCGUUCUCUCCUGCUCACAGCUUUCGUCCUUCACUCUAGCAGAUGUCAAAGGUCUUCCAUAGUCCUCAUUCCACUUGGUGUGCCAGGGUUCACACGCUGGACCAGACUGAAACACACGCACACGCACUCCUCGAGCAAAAGACGCACAACGUCACAUUUGCUGAGGAUGAGAAAAAACACACAUCCUCCUCAAAGGUCUUCACAAAGGGUGGACGGUCUAUGCCCAACUCCAUGUUACCUUUCCUGUUUCGACCUGUCAUGAUGGGGAUUACGCAACAGCUCCCUCCUCGCUUGUACCAAAGUGCUGUCAACGGUUGUUGCACCUUCUGCUCUUCGUAGAACAACCUCAGACAACUAAACCAUGAAAACGCCAUUCAGCCUGUUUUUUAAUAUGGUUUCCAGUCGCUGCUUCUGGCUUUCUCACAAAACAAUCUGUCCUGCAUUGUUCAACGUUGUGUUAAGCACAAAUCCUGUCAAUAACACUUGAGCUGCUGGUUGGAUGGAGAGAGAGAGAGAUCCAGAUCCAUCAGUGUAAAGGUACGCUGGACAUUUGAACACUCUGACUAGCUGAUCGCAGGAGAGUACGGUGUGCAACGAGGGAAACGUGAAGAGUUCACCGAAGAGCGAUAGAUGUGCGGUCGGCUACUACGUGUUUCCUCAGUCCACUGUCUCAACAGAGAGACCUUGUUUUGAAUAGUUUAGCUACAGUAUUUUUUCCUGCAGCCUUUUGUCCCCCUCAGAGAUGCACCAGCCACCAAAUAAAAGACUCGACAAGAACUCUAAGCCCUUGUGUUCGGGAAAGGGGUUGGACGGAUAGCUGGAGUAUUCGUUUGGGUAUUUAGAAAUAUUUUUAAAGGGAAAGAAAAAAAAAUGCCACUGUCUUCCAUGCAUGUAGGGUGUUGAGAUGUUUUAGUGAUUCCAUUUAGCCUAACUUUUAUUUUUAAUUUUUUGACA